AUGGGAAUUGGGUGGAUAGUUACAUCUGGUCCAGCUAAAGACAGUACCUUUAAAGCUAACAUAAAUAAAUGGCCAGCACCAUUCAAGGCAGAAUUAUUAGCCAUAUUCACAGCUGCUCUCACUGUACCAAAAGAGAAAAUAAUAACAAUAUAUACAGAUAAUCAAGUUAUAAUCAAUAAUUUCAAACUUCACAAAAACAAUCCUAACCAAACAAUAAGAAACAAUCAAGCUCAUACAGGAAUUAAACAUAAUGAAGUAGCUGAUCAAUUAGCAAGUGGAGGGUGCAACUCAGAAAUCAUAAACAAAAUUGGAAAAUAG